AUGGCUGGUUGCUUGGGAUGCGCUGGUGCGAAGGAUGUCAUUCUCCUCAACAUCAUGCGUGCGUUGACUGGUAUUGGAGGUGGUUUGAUGACGAUGGGUAGACUAUGCAUUCUUUUCACUUUUCACUUUUCACUUUUCUUGCCGCCUUCAACCAUGCCGCUUAUUCUACCUUUUUCGCCUAGAUCACGCCAUCUCUGCAUCAAUCGUAUACCUCAUUCGAUCCCUCGGAAUGUUUGGGGUGUCGCCGUCACCUCUGCGAUUGUUCAAAAUACAUUGCGCUCUGGCCUCGCCGGGGCCUUGAGUGGCCUACCAGACAAAUGGAAAGUACAUCCCCGCCUUGAUCUUUCAAAGGUUUACCCGCGAACAAUUGCUGAUCACUUGCCAUUCUCCUUCUCGUCAGGUGAUUUAUGA